AUAUCUAUGAUCUAUCAGCUAUCCGAAUGUUAUUUCACUUAUCAGUUCUGUGAUAACAAAUAAAACUAAUUAAUAUUUAAUAAAAUAUGUUAUUAUGUUCAUAAGUGCUAUAUGUUUGCAAUAGCCAAUAAGUUCAACAUUUUUUAAAUUUUAAAUAAUUAUUAACUAUGGAGGCUACAAAGAAAGGUAUUAAAAGAAAAAGCACUAUUUUAUCAUACUACACAAAAACACCUAAAGUACAAACUGAUAAUCUCGGCGAAAAUGACAAAUUAAAUGAAACGGAAGUGGUAGUAUCAUUAGCUGAAUCUGCAUUAACUCCAUUCAAUCACAAUUCACAAUCCAUGUCUGAACAGCACAAUGAAAAUAACAAAUUAAUUGAACCAUCAGCAUCUGCUCUUCAAACAGUUAUUACUCCUACACAAAUAGAUAUUGGUUUAUUUAUUGGUCAAUUUGAACAGCCCACGUCUCAGGUUAACUCUUCUCAUCGGUAUAACAUUUUAAAGAACACAUUUAAUCCUGAUACAACAUUUAAGUUUCCUGGUAGUGGUAAAAGGAAUCUUAAAUUUCAAAUUAAUUGGCUUAGUAGAUGGAAAUGGUUGGCUUAUUCAGUAUCUUGCGAUGGUGCUUUUUGUAAAUAUUGUAUGUUGUUUUGUCCAAAAGAAGUCAACACUCAAAAACUAGGUCAACUUGUCUUCGAAAAAUUUAGUAAUUGGCACUGUGCUGUAGAAAAAUUUAAUGCCCAUCAAAAAACAAAUUAUCAUAUUACUGCCACAUUAAAAGCUCAUGAAUUUUUGUCUGUAUUUGAAAAUAAACAAGAAAGUAUUGCUGUUAAACUUGAUUCUAAAUUAAAAUUAGAAAUUGAAAAAAAUAGAAAAAUGAUAAGACCAAUAAUAGAAACAAUCUUACUCUGUGGUAGACAAGGUAUUGCUCUUAGAGGACAUACAGACAGUGGUCCUAUUGAUUUAAGUUCUUUAUUCCUAUCCAAUAAUGAGGGAAAUUUCAGAGUUAUAUUAAAAUAUGUUCUUAUGAAUAGCAAAGAUGAAUUAAAAAAUUGUUUUGAAAAUCUUCCAAAAAAUGCAACUUACAUCAGUCCUGAUAUACAAAACGAAAUUAUAAAUGUGAUAAACAGUUUAGUUAUUAAGAAGCUUGUUACUAAAAUAAAUCAGGCAAAAUGCUUUACAAUCUUGGCAGAUGAAACAACGGAUGUAGCUGGGAUAGAACAAUUUUCUAUGUGUGUUAGGUAUUUUGACAAAGAUACCAACAAAAUAAGAGAGGAUUUUCUUCAAUUUGUACCAGUAACAGAUAUGAGUGGAAAAGGUUUAGCUCAAGUUUUGCUUGAAUGUCUUGGAAAUUUAGGAAUUAACUUAAAUUAUCUCAGAGGCCAAGGGUAUGAUGGAGCUUCUGCCAUGCGAGGGCUAUUCAAUGGAGUGCAAGCAAUAAUAAAACAAUCUUACCCAUUAGCUUUAUAUAUACACUGCUGUAGUCAUUCAUUAAACUUAGCUAUAUCUGAUGCAUGUGAUGUAAAAUCAAUUCGUAAUGCUGUUGGAAUUAUUCAGACAGUUUGUAGUUUUUUUAACACGCCUAAAAGACAGGCUGUUUUGCAAAAUUCUGUAGAACAAAUUGCUCCAGAUUCAAAAAAAACUAAAUUAAAAAUGUUAUGCCCAACAAGAUGGGUUGAACGACAUGAAGCGAUAUUAGUAUUUUUAGAACUUUUUGAUUCAAUAAUUGACUCUUUAGAAACCAUUUCAACAUGGAUUGAUAGAGAAACAUCUUCAAAAGCAAACAGUAUACUUUUCUCUUUAAAACAAGGAGAAACUCUACUUUCCAUACACAUUCUUGCAAAAGUGUUUUCAUUAAGUAUGCCAUUAAGUCGUCAACUUCAAAAAGAAGAUAUAGAUUUGUCCAUAUCAAUGGAACUUGCAGAUAAUGUAAUGAGUGCAGUAUGUUUGUUGCGUACUAAUGCUGCAGAAGAAUUUAAAAUAAUAUACAGUGAUGUUGAAAAAAAAUGUGAGUCAUUGGGGAUUAUAAUUUCAAUACCUCGACUAGCUAUAAACCGGACAAAUCGUUUAAAUAUUUCAACAGAAUCACCUGAAGACUAUUUUAGGAUUUUGAUUUUCAUACCUUUUUUAGAUAAUUUUUGUGAACAACUAAAUGACAGAUUUUUGAACCAUAAAUCAUUAUUAAAACAAUUUACUUGUUUAAUAAAUGCAAAUGAGAAAAACGAGACUGAAUUUAAAGAGCUUUUAAAGACAUAUUCUGCAGAUAUUGAUGCUGAUGAAGUAUCUGCAAUUGGCGAGUUUACAAUAUGGCAUCAUCAGGUGAAAAACAAAAACCCUAAAAAUGCUACGGAAGCAUUCAUUAAUUGCAAUGAAGAAAUAUUUCCUACGGUUCAUCAACUUUUAAAAAUAUUGAUUACUUUACCAGUAACCACUGCAAGCAGUGAAAGAUCUUUUUCCUCAUUACGGCGUUUAAAAACAUAUUUGAGGAACACGACUGGAUGUAAAAGAAAAAGACAAGAGCCAACAAUUUUUAAAGAUUUUGAUGUCACUGCAACCACAAGUGCUGAACAUUAUAGUAUCGAUGAAACUAAUGAAACCAUUGAAGGUUAUUUUAAAAAAAAUGCUUUCUUUCCUGUAUUUGAUGCUAUCUUGGUAAAUCUGGAAAAAAGGUUUUCUCCUGAAAGCCUAGAAAUGGCUACAGCUGUUGAUCAAUUUUGUCAACUUAACUUUGAGGAAAGUGUUUUUUUUGUAGAUCACUAUAAAGAUUUGAUGUGUGUAUCUAAAGAUUUAUUGAAGUCAGAAAAUUAA